CCGUAAUAGUCAAAAUGGAAGUUGUUUGAGCUAUUGGUCUGUGGGUUGGAAUGGGUUGAGUUUUCUAAGACGUAUUUUUUUUGUUUAUGGUUUAUUAAAAGUGGACGGUGUGGUUUUGGACAUUGGGAACAUCCAUGUUUGCAUGUGAGGGGUUCCUCACUGGGUAGGAGCACUUCUUUGGGCAUGCCUACAGUGUAUCACUUCCAUGGAGCAGCAGGGAGAGAGUCGGGAAGUAACUGCAGGACUGGGUCUGACUACAUGGCAGGCACUGACAACCCUACGCAAUCAGCUGGUUAUGUUGCUUGAGGAACACCAGAGAGAAAGCAGAAAGAAGGUAACAUGGAAGGACAUCUGGCUGAAGAGUUUCUUGCACCAUGGCAACCGACGUUCUAGCUUCCACUGGCCUGGGGCAUUCCUCAUGUUUCUGGCUGGAGGAAUUUUGUUGGGGUCGUAUGGAAGUGAGCCAGAAGGGAGUCAAGGAAGAGAAAUAGUGAAUGCACUUGCGCUGCUGCUUCUCCUCUUGCUUAACUUUUUCCUUGUUUGGCGUCAGGAGAGUCUGAGGAGGAGUGAGGUUAUAAGGCGAUUAAGAGGCAUCGUCGAGAAACUGAAUGAGGCACUGAAAGAAGGUCAUGAGCUGAAAUGGUUGGACUCGCUCUAUCCUGAUCUCUUCAUGCCUAUUGCUCCGGCCUGGUCCUUGCAUUGGGCUUACAGAGAUGGACGUUUGGUCAACCUGCCUGUUAGCCUUCUUGUCGAAGGAGAUAUUAUUGCCCUCCGUCCAGGGCAGGAGUCCUUUGUGUCCUUACGAGGCAUUAAGGAUGAUGAACAUAUUGUUCUUGAGCCAGGAGAUUCAUUCCCUCCUUUUUCACCUCCCCCUUCUCCUAGGGGGGAGGGGAAGAAAGGACCCCAAGUGCCCCAACAGCACCGGCUAUUCAAAGUCUUGAGGACCCUGAUUAUUGACAACAUCCGACAAAGUCUGGAGCUGCCACUUUCUCGCCCUGUUACAACUUUGGACAACGAAAGAUACACAGUCCAGGAAAUCAUGAUGAAGUAUGGUGUUCCUAUUGUGCUGGCUGCUUUUCUGAUAACAAAUACACUACGGUUCAUCUUCAGCAGUCCAGGACUCUCCUCAUGGCAGAUCACCUUUUUCCAUUUGCAGGUAAAUGGCAUGUUGCCCAUCCUUCCACUGCUUUUCCCUAUUCUGUGGAUCCUGGUCAUGGCCUUUGGUGAAGCAAAGGUCCUGGCUCAAUUCAGCAAGGCUUCACCAACUGGAUUACUGCCUAAGUUUUCUGAGGAUACUCUAAGCAGCUACACUGAGGUGGUCUCCACACAGGAGAUGAUUUCCUUGGUGUGGAGUCAUUUUGUCUCAGUCAUUAAGGGAGCCUCUCGGACUCUCAGCUACUCAUCUAGCCUCCUUCAGAACCUUGGCUCUGUCACUGUGCUGUGCUGUGUUGACAAACAGGGCAUUCUGUCCUGGCCCAACCCCAGUCCAGAAACUGUGCUUUUCUUCAGUGGGAGAUCUGAACCCCUUCAUGAUAGCCAGAAUGAUCUCCAGGAAGAUCUGUCUGUGAGGUCAUUUUGUAUCCAGGAAAAUGAGCUGGAAAAAGAUGAGCCACAGGAAGAAGAUGCUCUACUGAAGGAAACUUGUAUUGACUCUGUGCAGAUAACAAAUGAGCAAGAGCCUAGCAACCCACCAAAAUCCUGUGACACUCAAGGACAAAAGAAGGCAAAUCGAAGAAACAAGCAUUCAUCUGGUUCCAAUGUGAGCUUCAGCAAGGACACGGAAGGGGGAAAAGAAGACCAGACUGUGGCAUGUGAAGAUAAUGAAGACCUGGGCUGCGAGGCUGAAGAUUAUGUGUGUGAUUACCGUCUAGAGAUGCUGAGCCUUUCCCAAGAUCAGCAAAAUCCAUCCAGUAUCCAGUUUGAUGAUUCAAAUUGGCAAUUGCACUUAACUUCCUUAAAACCCUUGGGCCUCAAUAUUCUGCUGAAUCUUUGCAAUGCUGGUGUGACAGAACAGGUGUGCCGUUUUGCUGAUCACCUUUCUAACAUCGCUCUGCAGGACACAGAUGGUGCUGUUGCCCCUGUUCAUAUACCUUGGGGACUUUGCGAGCUAGCAAAACUAAUAGGUUUCACUUCAGGUGCCAAAGAUCUUUUCAAACUUAAGAAUCACAUUGUGCUGUAUCAGCUCCCUACGAAUGAGAUUACCAAAGAGACAUUACCAAGGAAACUGUCCCUUGUGAACCGAAGACAACCACCUCUCAGCCACAUGAUCAGCCUUUUUGUAAGGGGCAUUGCAAGUAGUUCUGAGGAGAUGCUGUCUCACGGCACUGCAGAUAUCAUCUUGGAGGCCUGCACAGACUUCUGGAAUGGAGCCGAUAUCUACCCCCUCUCAAAUUCAGAUAGAAAAAAGAUUCUAGAUUUUUACCAGCGGGCAUGCCUCUCAGGAUAUUGUUCUGCUUUUGCCUAUAAACCAAUGCACUGUACUCUCUCCUCUCAGCUGAAUGGCAAAUGCAUUGAACUGGUACAGGUUCCCGAUCAACCAACAAUAUUGGCUUCGUGUGAUGUUCCUGGAACUACCCCUGUUAAACACUUCUGCAGAAGGAACAGCUGGAGUUCUGAUGAGGGCAUUAGUGAAGUGGUGGAGAAAGAAGAUUGUAUUCAAGCACUUAGUGGUCAAAUCUUCAUAGGAAUGGUGUCUUCUCAGUACCAAGCAAGACCAGAUAUUGUGAGACUUAUAGAUGGCCUGGUCAAUGCUUGUAUUCGUUUUGUAUAUUUUUCCAUGGAGGAUGAACUUAAAAGCAAGGUUUUUGCUGAGAAGAUGGGUCUAGAGACUGGUUGGAAUUGCCACAUUUCCUUGACGCCAAACGAUGAAGGUCAUGGUUCUGAAAUACUUCCUUCAAGCCCAAGCCAUGCUGGGUCACUUAAAGAUGAUCUUCAUCAAGAAUCUAGGGAAGAUGCAGAGGGCUAUCCGCUUAUUGAAGAUGAAGGUCCUUUGGAUGUCAUCAGCCAGCCAACUGACAGUGACAUUCCUAGCUUUCAGGAAGACUGCAAUAGGGCUAAACUGCCUAGGGGAAUUCAUCAAGUGAGACCACACCUUCAGAAUAUUGAUAAUGUGCCUUUACUUGUACCUCUGUUUACAGACUGCACGCCAGAAACAAUGUGUGAGAUGAUCAGGAUCAUGCAGGAUUAUGGAGAAGUGACUUGUUGUCUGGGGAGCUCUGCUAACAUGAGAAACAAAGGUCUUUUCCUACAGAGUGAUAUCAGUAUUUCACUGAAUCCUCUGUACCCUUUACGGUGUUCGUUGGAGACAUUUGGCUAUGCCACAAGCGCAAGCAUGGCUUGUGAUGAAGACGAUCUCUCACCUCUGAAUCUGUCUGCCCUGCUGAACAGUUUGUCUUGUUCGAUUUCAUUUCAUCAGGAAGAUAGUGUCAGUAUCAUACGACUCAUUGAGCAGGCUCGACACACAUCCUAUGGUAUAAGGAAAUGCUUUCUGUUCUUGUUUCAGUGUCAACUUACUCUGGUCAUUGUACAGUUUUUGGCCUGUCUUGUACAACUUCCUCCUCCUCUGAGCACCACUGACAUCCUUUGGCUGUCCUGUUUCUGUUGUCCUCUACUUAGUGUGUCUUUACUUGGGAAGCCCCCUGACAGUUCUGUCAUGAGUGUGGCGACAGGGAAGAACCUUGGCUCAAUCCCCCGUAAGACUCAACACUACUUUCUGGUGUGCUUCAUCAUGAAGUUCAGCUUGACUGUCUGCACUGUCCUUAUUGCGUUUGGAUUGACACUCCAGGGAUUCUGUUUAAAACCACAUACAACUGUGAACUGUUCUUCUAUCAUGUUUCAGAGCGAUGCUGUUGGAGCUCCCAGAUGGUUUGAAGACAUGUCUUAUGGAUUACUUCUGGCACAGAAAGCCAUGUCCUGUUUCCUGGUAUUGCAUAUUGCUGUCAUCUCUAUUUCUCACGUUCAUCGUUCCAAGCCUUUGUGGAGGAAAAGUCCCUUUAGCAAUGUCUGGUGGUGUCUCACUUUACCAGUGGUAUUUCUUGGACAGACUUUGCAGGCAGCAGUGGAUUUGAAACUCUGGAAAAAUAUGAACUCCACGAUGACCUUUGACUUUGCUGAUAUACCUCCAGUCUCUUGGCUGUUGUCUUUGCUGUCUCUUGUGCUGGUCAUCUUUAUCAACGAGCUGGUCAAGCUCCAUGAAAUCAGGGUCAGAGUUCGUUGCCAGAAACGACAAAAGUUGCAGUUUGAAACAAAAUUAGGGAUGAACUCACCAUUUUGAAUCUCAUUUGUCUUCCUUGGAGCUCAGCCAUGAGCAGGGCCAGUAAUAUGCAGGAGAUCUGAAAGACUACAGCAGCAGAGUAGGCGCAACGAAAAUUCCCAGAAUCUGCAAGAAGUGCACAAGAAGCUGACUUGAAGAGAUGUCCCUCACUGUAUGGACAAUGUACUUUAAUGUUACAAAAAAAAAAAAAAUCAAGAAAGCAUGCAGGUUGCACUUGGCGAAAACUCACAGAGGGUUUAGGGUCUGACUGUUCUGCUGAACAUGAUGGAAUUAUCAAGGCAAUAUACUUACUUGGUCACUUAAGGGUCCCAUUAUCUUUGUUUAAUUUAUUAUGCAUGCCUAUGAAGUGUACAUCAAAAGCUAUUUCUUUAGAACAGCUUUAUUUCAUCUGAAUGUUUCUUUUUAGGGGUUAAAUGGAGAAUAUAUUUAGGAAGACAACUUGUGAUGCAGCAGUUGUGUUCAGUCGAAUAUAAAAGAAAUAACUGUGCCUUUUUUUUCUAAAACAAGUGUACGUACACUCUUAAUGGACGAGGAUGUAACAGCACACUUAAUAGCUUAGGCAGAGUUUGACUACCUGCUGUCUUUCUGCCUGCUAUCAUAUUAAUUUGGCGUACAUGCAUUAAAUUUACAAUGCUUUUUUUUUUAAACUCCUUUUCACAUUUCAUUGCUGAAAGAUCAUGUGCAGCAAAUCACCUCCCAGAAAGAAAAUUCAAGAAACUCAGUGUCACCUGUCUUUAUGUAGUCCCAUGAGUCUGAUUUAACACUUUAAAUUAGUAAAAAAGAUGUGUAUAUAUAUUAUUUUAGUUUGUGAAACUAUGCCUAGAGAGACAUUCUGGUGACAUGAGUGAGUGGGAUUCUCACGCAGAUUAUGGCCACCUUUUGAAUAUUACAUUAAUAUACUGUGUUUAACAAAAAUAGUCAUAAAAGGAAUUUUAAAUGACAUUUAGCAUUUGCUUUUAAUAUAGACUAAUAUCCACACUUCAUCAUUCUGUACUAUUUUUUUCCAUCAUUCAGUAAUAUUAUAGUACAGGUACUGCUUGUCAUGAUUAUACAGCCUAAUGAAGAAAUUAUGAAAUUACUCUGCAUUUACAGUAGGAUCACAGACUCCAGUGAAAUUUUUGCAGCCAUUUUUGUGCCUUUUUUAAAAUGUUAGUUUAAUUAAAAAGGCCACUGGACCAUCAUCAUUGGCAUCUUCUAAAAAAGAAAGGAAAAUCCCAGAUGUCAGUCAGUGACAUCAGCUGAUUGACAACUGGACAGCUAGGUACGUUGGGUAAUGAGGCUGCUAUUUAAAAAAAUAAACUACAUCAAACUAUAUCAGAUUGGUAAUUUUAUUAUACAUCAGUUGUACAACUACUUCAGUUAUGUUCAAAGCCUUGAGGGAAUGGGAUUGUUUUGCUGUUUCCCGUUUUAUGGCAUUAUCUGUGAUCUUCAUGUAAUGUCAGAUAAACGGUGGCUAUUUGUUAAACAAAGAUUCAGGAGCAACAUUUACUAGUCUGUGCAUUUCACUAUAGACAAUACAGACCAACAGAUUUUACUUUUUGCUAAUAACAUUAUUUUUUACCCAGUUUUAAUUUGAGUGAUUAAACAUAUUAGAUGUCACUGGUGUGUAAAUCAGUGUUGAAAUAUUAUUUAAAAGUAAAAUUAGGUGUCUUGGUUCCUGGCUGCAUUGCCUUCAUUGAGUGCUGUUCUUUCUUCAUUGUAGUAGGAAAAGGGGAGGGAGUAAGCUGGAUCUGUGUUUAGUGACUGAACCCACUGUUUUGGACAGUAAAAGAGGAGCCUGAACACACUGUGGCAUUGCCAGAAAUAGAAGACUGUCAUAGUGAAGAAGUCAUUACUAGCAGAUAUUGCAGUAGCUAACCUUAAUCCCAGUAUUUUGUAUUUUAGAAAGCUUUCAAGCUGAAGCAGUAGUCUUAUCUGAAUGCACACAUGAACAUUCUUCAAGGUGUACUCACUUAAGUAGUAAGUACUUGUAAAACAGCCAGGUGACAGUCAGAUGUGUCUGCAAGCUUGUAUCUGCUUUUGAAGAAACAACAGACAGUGGUACUGAUGGUCAAUGAAGACUGGAAAGCAAGUAGCUUAGCGUAUAAAAACUAUUCCACGCUUUCGUCUCAACAGGACUUCUUCAGAACAGACAAACCAAAUCAAAAUAACCACAGUAAUAUACUAGGUUCAAAAUAAUGUAGACCAAUAAAAAAACCUAAGCAAUUAAUUAAUUAAAAUUACACGUAAAUUUUUAAAAAGAAAGUCAUUAUGAAGUAAGGAGGUCUAAGAAUCACAGAAAGUUAAUUAAAAUGUCCUAAUAGUUAAUUUCCUAUAUUUAAAAAAAACAUUUAAUAUUAAUUGCAUUAUUCAGACCGGGCUUUUUAUCAGCCCCUAAUAUAAUCUGCCAAGCAGUUUCUUUUUGUUCCAUUAUAUUCUUAUAAUCACCACCUCUGGGGUCAACGAGUACUUCUAAAAUAGAGAAUAAAAAUUGUUUAUAUUUUGUACAUUCUGUAGUAUGUUUGUAUAGGGCAUUAUUAGAAUCUUUACUCUUGAUACUAUAUGCAUGUUCUCUAAUAUGCUCCCUUAAAGUACGUGUUGUCAUCCCCACAUAAAAUGAAUUACACCCACUACAUAGCCCAGUGUACACUACUCCCCUACUUCCACAAGAAAAAUGACAGGGACUGGUGUAGUAUAUUCCAAAUAUGGUAGAGAAAUAUACGGUCCUUCUGAGAUAAACCUACAAAAAUUACAAUGACCACAUUUAAACAUCCACAGUUUAACAUUCCCAGUAUACUUGUUUAUCUUAUUGCUACUUCUCUCAAGAACAUUUUUAAGACAGUUUGUGUUUUUGUACACAAAAUUAGGUUUAGGGCCUAAGAUGUUAAGUAGAUCACUAUUGCCCUCCGCAAUCUUCCCAUUUUUCUGCACAAUUUCUUUAAUACCUUUGCAGCCCACAGUCAUAUCCAAAUUGCAGACAGUACUGUUAGCAGAUCUGUUGAUUCCAUUAACUUGUUUACUACCAAAAGGAUGUUUAAGUAUAGCUGGAUAUAACCUGUCCCUUUUGUCCAAAAUAUCAAGUUGCAAGCCAUUAAGGUAAUCUCAGUCAUAACCCCAAUUUAAAAAACAUAGAGGUAAUUCUAGAAAACUCUUCUUGCAAAUCAUACAGGGAAGUAGUCAUCUGGCAAGCUCAGAUGUACUGUCCCUUAAGGAUAUUCUUUUUAGUAAAGAAAGGAUGGUUACUUUUAAAAUGUAAGUAACCAUUUGUAAAAGUUUCCUUUCUAUAAAUCUUACUAUCAAAACAUCCAGAUACUUCAUUCCAACCAAGACUAACAUCUAAAAAGAUAAUCUGAUGUCCACAACUGCUCUUGACAAAUUGCAAAAAAACAGACCUUGAAUUAAGGUCAUAAAGAAAUUGUUCACAUACAUCAUAGUUACCUUCUAGGACAAAAAUCAUAAGUAUAAGAAAAGUUAGAGACAAACUCCCUAAAUUUAUCUAGGAAGUCCCAAGAGUCAUUCAAAUAGGACCCUAACCCUUGUACAACAGGAUUUAAAAAGAAAUCUAUGAGUAAAGCUAAGCCCUCUGUAGCUGAGUGUGGUGCAGAAACUAUCGGCCUAAAAGGGGGAUGGUCUAAAGACUUAAUGAGUUUUGGGAAUGCCAAAAAGUGUCCCAACCUUGGGGUUUUCCACCAAACAGAAAUUGUAAGUGUCAAAAUCUAAGCUUUGAUUCAUAAGUGCUUCAUAAAGAAAUGCUCUAAUAUAUUGAAAACUAUGGUGAAUUUCCGUAACAUUUACGUCUAUGUAUCCUUCAGGAUUACUGAGUAACUCGAGCAUGACAACAUUAUAUUGUUCCACUGUCAUAAUCACAAUGUUGCCCCCCCUUAUCACUUUUCAUGUAUCUCAGAUCGUUUCUAUCGACCAGCUCUAAUAAGGCUUUGCGCUCAGGUUGGGUUAAAGUAUCAUACCAUCUACUACCAGACUUUUUACUGUUCAAAAAACAAUAAAUAUCUUAAAUACAAACUUCCUCAAACACUUUAAGGGUUUGAUUCAGUGUCGGGGUAUAGCAAGAUGGUUUACAUAAUUUAGAGUUACACAAUUCAAUAUGAUGUAGCAAGUAAUUCAAAUUAAGUUUAGGAACAAACUGUUUAAGAUCAAUAAUAGUUCUUGAAAAGUCCACCUUUUUUGUAGGAACGAAGUUAAAGCCAUUACCUAAUACGCUCAACUGGUGCUCCUCAAAACGAACACCUGAUAAAUUAAUGAUGCUAAAUUUAUUAUCAGAAAAGCUUACUGUUCAUCAUUUGACAAUUCGGAGGUAAUUAAACCUCUCACCUUCAUAUUCCGAGUCCUCACAGAUCUGUUCUCUCGUUUCGGCAAAAAAGCCAAGAUUUUUGAACGUGCACCCACAACGUUUACAUUGGAAGAGGCUGUAUUGCUUAUUGCUUCGUUGGUAACAGAGAUUUCUCCAGUAUCUGCCUCUUUUUCCUUCUCUGAAUGAAUAGUGUUUCAUUUCUCCACCCUAAAAAGCCUCGUAGCCAAAUUAGAGAGCUGUGAUUGGUUAACUUGGCUUGUGACCCAGCGUGGUCUGUUAGAACUACUCUUGUGGGCACAUCCACCUUGCUUUGGAAAACCAGGGGUGUUUUCAUUGACAAGACCGGACUUGUUACUUUUAUUUUUGUUGUUUUUUAUUUCUGAAACAAAAUUAAUGUAAGCAAAUACCUUCUUCGUAAGCGUUCACAUCCCUCAAAAGUUUGUUGUGAUUACGCUCAGUAACUUCAACUUCAUGUACUCCAACCUCUUUAAGUAGUUGGUCAAACACACCAUCUGAAUGGAAAUCUCUCAUUAGCGUGCAAAGUUCAUCAUCUAUCUUGGUGAUGUCCUGUUUUAAUAAGGACAUCUUUUUGUGAUUAUUAUCUAUAAGAAUUUUAAGCAGCUGCAAACCUGCGGUGUUAAAAAAAAAAAAAAAAAAAAAAGUGGUAAGUUCAUCAAAAAUGGGUCAGUGACAGUAAUACCAUUAGGGCAUUUGAAGAGCCAUAAGCCCUUUGGAUCAAUUUCCAACUCUAUGCAUCUUUGAAAAUACCGGAUUUGUAAGUCCAAAGACCGGUAUUUCUUUAACAAUUUACAUAAACUGUCACAUUUGUUAUUGAAUUCAUCUGUCCUGGCCUUGGUAAUUUUAUAAUCAGCCUUAAGGAAAGGGUCAAACCUGUUAUCCAGGACAGAUCUAAUGUCAUUGUACUGAACAGGUUUAAUGUUAACUGUUUCAGACGUACCGUUCUCUCCAGAACCACUGGAGGUAUGCAAGUCUUCACUGUUGCACGCUCAUCAUCAGAACUAGGAAUUUGUUCAACAACUACAUUCUCUUUGGUAACCAAAGUCUUUUGAAUCUCGUUCAAAGAGGUUAAUAACAAAUGAAAAAUACCAUUUUCACCCACCGAAGGUGUAGGAUGUAUUGUAACAUCCAAAAGUGGAUCACUUUCUAUCCCGGCCAUCAGAAAACAUGCAACAAAAAAACUAAAACCAGUAAAGCGUGUAGCCAAUGUCCAAAAAUACACCAAGAAACAACAGACAGUGGUACUGAUGGUCAAUGAAGACUGGAAAGCAAGUAGCUUAGCGUAUAAAAACUUUAUUCCAUGCUUUCAUCUCAACAGGUCUUCUUUAGAACAGACAAUAAAACCAAGUCAAAAUAACCACAGUAAUAUACUAGCUUUAAAAUAAUGUAGACCAAUAAAAAAACCUAAACAAUUAAUUAAAACUACACUUAAAUUUUUAAAAAGACAGUCAUAAUGAAGUAAGGAGGUCUAAGAACCACAGAAAGUUGAUUAUAUCUUCCUAAUAGUUAAUUUCCUAUAUUUUAAAAAACAUAGAAAUAGAAGACAGUCAUAGUGAAGAAGUCAUUACUAGCAGAUAUUGCAGUAGCUAACCUUAAUCCCAGUAUUUUGUAUUUUAGAAAGCUAUCAAGCUGAAGCAGUAGUCUUAUCUGAAUGCACACAUGAACAUUCUUCAGGGUACACUCACUUAAGUAGUAAGUACUUGUAAAACAGCCAGGUAACAGUCGGCAGAUGUGUCUGCAAGCUUAUAUCAGCUUUUGCUGUGAUGAACGGAUACCACAACCGAAUGGCUUUGCAGACCUCUCCCCAUAUGAAAAGUCCUUUAUUGCUGCAGGUGAAAACACUAUAUCCAGGUUUAGUAUCACAGUACUGAGUGGGUUGGUAUUUUUUUUUUUUAAUUCUUGCUUAUUGGCAGAAACUUCAAGAAAGGUCCUGUAGAUAUUUCUGUUUUUAUUACACCAAUACGGUAAAUUCUCCAGGGCCCAUCUCUGCAGAAACCAUGUUACCAGCUUUUCUUUUAUGUAGGUUGUUCACUGCUACCAUCCCAGGUUCUGUCCUGACACACACACUGUGGAAACAUCUGCCUUUCUAUUGUUACAGAAAGGUGUUUACAUAUGAUGCCAAAAGAAAAAACAAAGCAAAUACCUCCCAGGUAUGAUAAGCAUCUCGUUAUCCACCCUUGGGUGAUGUAGUAGUGCCUCUUGGUGGUCUCCUAGGAUGUAACCUUAGUAAUAACUUAUGAAUCUAUAUUCAUGAGUAACGCUUUCACUGGCAUUGCUGAGUUUGCCCAGCUCCUUUACAAAAUGGCUUACCCUUAAUAAAAGUGCAUCUAUCAAUGUGACCAGUCUACAUUUGAGGUUAGCUUCUAACAGUGAUUUAGAUAAGAUGCAUCUCAAACGGCAUCUCUUAAAGGACCAUUCAGUGGGUAAUUAGUCAAAGGACAGCUAACAUGAGGGAGGAAGGGGAAAGGUUUAAAGAAUCAGAAGUCAUGACCUCACACACAGCUCCUUCUAGAAGUCUGCCAGUCUUUUGGUUGGAUUUGUCCCACUACUGCUGAUGGUCACCUUUUUAUUCAAGAAACUGACUAAUGGACUUGUCUUUUGGAUGUUCACCUGACCUAUGAGGAAUGAAGUCGUGACAAGCAUUAUUUCUUAGGAAUAAACACCGGAAAUUGUCCUUCUCUUUUCUGCCAUUCUGUGCUGUUAGGGGGCGUUCAUUCAUCAUAGUUAAGUGAGUUUGGGACUUGUCUUCUUGCAUUUGUGUUCAGACACUGGUCCCAAGAUAUUUCCACCCUUGUUUUACCCCUCAAGCACCAGUCUUAUUUUCACCAUAUUAGAUAACUGAUCCUUUCUGGGCCUGGUUUAUCCCUCAGGUCAUGUUGCCUGUAAAUAUUGGGAACAUGUUUUAGUGUGGUGGUAGGUGACAGUGCAUUAUAGACAGUACCUUGGAACUAAGAUUAUAAUUGUCCUUAUCAAGAUAAAAAGGGGUGUGUGUUUUACCUUAUGGUAGCAGAAUUCUAUGAAGGCUUUGAAAUGUGAAGGACUUGUACAUUAUAAUGUAGAACAGUCCUGCUGUCCCUUUGCUUUUUGCUGAGCAAAGUAUUUGGGCUGCUUUAAAAAACUUUUAUCUAUAACACUAGAAACAGUGCUCAUCAGGAAGACAAAACUGAAGAAAAGCUUCACAGUAGUGUCCAUUGCAUGAAAAAAAUGUGGAGGCAGCAGAAAUGAGUAGAACAUUGUGCAGUUUUAGCUAUAAAGUUGUUUUUUUUUUGUGGUGGAGUUAACAAAUAGUCCACUUACUACAGAAGCAGUCCUGAUAAAUUUGAUCAUCGCCUGGAAUACUGGCUUUACCACUUACAAAAUUAGCAUGAUAAGACCAGUUUACAGAUGAAGCAUCAGAGUCCAGGCCAUAAUAGUGCAGUAUAGAUCAGUGUAUUUUGUUUUAGUUCCUUGAAACAUCACAGUGUUAUAUCAGAUUAGACUUCACAUUCUAUAGCUCAGUAUUAUUUCAUAUGCCUCUUUUACUGCCCAGUUUCCAUAUCAGUUUCACUACAGUUGUGACCAGUGCAGAACAUUUAUUAAUAAAAAAUAUUGUUAUACUGGGAAAGGGUGGCCGCGGUGGUGCAGCGGUUAGCAUUGCCACC